GAUGCAUCUACACGUCCUCUUCUUCACGGAAAAAUCGUUACAGUGUGGUGUUGCAAACAACAAGAGCUGCUCUGCCACAAGAAACAUUGCAAUGAAACAGGGCGCCUUACACAGAGAAUGGUCGUUAUGGAACCAGAUUGUCUUGGGCCAGGCGGCUCCGCAAGACACCACCCAGAGAAAGGACGUCUCGGGGAUCUCCGCUGAGGGCGAAAAGGAGGGAUAUGAGGAAGAUGGUGCAAAGGAGGGCUAUACAGAAAAGGCGGAAGGCAUGUACUCACCCUACGUGGGAGAAAGGGGACAGGACGCUGGAGAGAAGGGCCGGCUUGGUGCAGGGCCUUUGGCGCUGGCCACGAAGAAGAAGGUCAUGAAGUUUGCGCUGCUCUGGAUACCGGUCUUCGUGUGUAUCAGGUAUCUUCUGAUCAACGAUGUUUUCAGCUUCAAGCCAUUUGAGCCAUGCUCCAUGUCGAAGAUGCAGGCCGUUCCGCUUGUGGACGACGAACCGGUUUUCUCGCUCCACAACGUCUUGGACCCGCUCUUCGGCAUCGAGGAAGUCAAUGCCACGCUGCCUCACGAGGUCAUUGACAUACCGCUAAUGCCCUACUCCAACGUCUCUUCCCCGGUGUACUCGUCCAAGCUGCUAAACCACACUUUUGCGCUUUCCUGGAACAAGCCAGCCAAGGUGCAAUACACCCCUCCACCGUCGAACAUCACCUACAACAGAAUCGUGCUCACCCUCGACACCACCGUCCAGGGAGUACAGUACGACAGACUGCUCCACGUCUACUUGGCUGACACCGAGAUCUGGAGAUCCUCCACUAUCGAGCCUGCAGGCAAGUUGUCUCAUUCCUACUCCCAAAAGGACGUCACGCUCUACUCGUCUCUCUUCAAAGAGGAGGGAAAUUUGCUGGUUCAGUUGGACAACUUGGUCACCUCCAAACUCACCGGUGCGUUUAACGUCACUAUUAACGCUCUGUUUUUCAAUGACCCAGAGGGCUCCAAAGAGGCAAAGGACCAUUUCGGCGGUUCAAACAACUCGUACCCAACGUUUGUUCCAUUAACGCCAUCCACUGUGGGCGACCAUGUUCCCCCAAUCGUGUACUACCCAGACUCUCCGCUCUCCAACAUCAAGCUGCCGGCAGUCAACUACAACACAACCAAGUUGGCAUUGCUUGUGUCCACUUCCGGUAACGCAGCCGAGGAAUUUUGGUUCUCCAACGUCGUGGACCAGUACAAGGACUACUUCCUUGCCCACAAUCGCCAUUUUUACGGCCAUGGCUCUUGCAGAGUCAUCAACGUCUACGUCAACGGCAUCAGAGUCCACUCUACAAAUCCAAAACCAUACGUUUUCUCCGGCGGCGUCUCGCCAACACUUUGGAACCCAAUUGUUUCAACCGGCAGUUUCGACCUCGUGCCUUACUUUGUUGACUUGACCCCAAUCUUACCUUUGUUAUGGGAAUCUCCUUCUUCUGUUUUGGACAUCGAAAUAACCAACUGUAUUGACGAUGAUGAAAAGACAGUCGUCAAGUCAGGCAUUGGCUCCAACUGGAUUACCUCAGCUUCCUUAGCAGUAUGGGAAGAUGAAACUGUCGAUGACUCCUUUGGUACCUUGGAAUCUAUCGACAAUACAACAGCCAUCAAAAGCUUUGCCAUUGCUCCUCCUUUCUCGGGGAUUUUAACUCAGAUUUUGAAAGCCUCAUACCAAAAUGCUCUAUUAAGUAACAUCACCUACGUUUACAAGGAUGGAACCCAAGCAACGAACGUUACCUCUUAUGAAAGUAGCGCCAACCAAACCUCAUUGAUUCUUAUCACUAAGUUCGGUGACUCUCAGUCCGACUUAUCAGUUUUGAAAUCCAACCUUUCUGUCUCUCAACUAGAUCCAUUAACUUUUGAGCCAAUCAAGGAUUUCACAAUGUUGACUAACAACACCUUGAAGAACAAGCUCAAGUUCCUACCACCAGUCACAUCCACCGAAGAGGACGGAGUGGCUGACACCGAUAUUUCCUUCACUACCAACCUUACUGUUAAGUUCAAUAUUGGCCUAUACUCUGGCCUUGAUCCUAUGUUUGAAAUCAAAUCAAAGGAAAAUGGUACAGCUAACUUCACGAUAUCAUCAGCUGGUAAUCAUGGAACAGGUACCAUGUUACAUAACUAUACACUCUCUAAAGCUGAUGGAUCCUUGUAUUCCAGAGUUGCGUUAGCCGACAACGGGACUAUUGUUUAUGACAAUAUCACAGAGACAGUUUCCUCAUUACAAAAUGAAGAGGAAACUGCCAGUACCACAAUCCUUUCUUAUUUCUCAAAGAUUGCUGAGCUGGAUUGGUUAACUCAAGAAGAAAUCAAUGAGAUUGGAUAUUUUUUGAACGACCAAGAAACUACUGAGCUUGUUAAUCUUUUAGAUAAUUGCCCCAUCUCUGAAGUUUGAUGAAUUGUUGGUCCGCCACUUACUUUAUUAAUUAAUUUACACUGAACUUCUUUCUUUCUUUGUCUAUCCUAAUUUUUCUUACGAUAGCUCCUAUUAUUGAACUUUAACUUUGAGCCAUCAUGCAACCUUUUGUUUUUUAUUGUUUGAUAUAUCAUAUCAAUUAGAAUUGUUUGUAUAUUCACUUUUCUGUACAUGUUUUACCAAUGAACAAAAGUUCUUCCUAAAAUAAUGUCGACGCUAAAGCCAC